UUCAUUUUCUGCAGGGUGUCAAUUUUUUGACAUAAAUUGAAGAAGUCAUGACUGAAAUAAGUAUUAAUAAAAUAUAUAAACACCUGUUGCCGUGGAGACCGGAGAGUACAAGCUUGAUCGAUCUUAUUUUUCUCUAAUGGAAAUUAACAAAAAUUCAAAUAGAAAUCUUUCGUAUUAAUUGUUUGAGAUGGUAAAGAACCAGUUUCUUAAUUUGCACAGUUUUAGAUUCAGAAAUUAUACAACUACCAAUGUAGGAGUAACAUUUAAAAGUUCACAGAACUUUGAGUAUAAAAUUGUGAAAGGUUCAUCAUCUGUACAUGUGGUCGGAAUCGGAAAGGCAUUUGUGCAGGGCGGAGCGUAAUAGGGACCAGAAGGCCGGUCCUGAUGAAGUCCCUAUAAUAUUAUUUUAUAUUGUAAAUAUAGUAAAAAUUAUAUAAUUUUAAUUUUUAUUCCCUGUCAAGUAUUAAAUUUGUAAUAUAUAGGAUUUGUUUCUUUUUAAAUCAUACUAUAAUAAAUGAAUUUCGGGUUUUAAAAUAUCUAGGAUGUUAUUUUGAUUUAUAUUAUACGUAAAUUAUUUUUUAUUUUCAUUUUUAUAUAAAUAUGUUGUUCUAUUAUUAUAUUGAUCGGCCAGGUCUGUUUUGGUCCCGGCUUAUAUUCAAUGCUGAGUUCCUGACUGUCGUCAGUGUCAGCUACUUGGUCUUUAUAUACUCCAUGCAUAUUGCGAUCUGUAGCAGCCGUGGAAACCAAGGAAGAAAGCGCCAUUGAUAUGUACAAUAUUGUACAAGGUGUAACAUACUAUGUCGAAACAGCUAACAUUUUGGACCAAGACAGAAAAAUGGUGUAACAUGGCGUUUUUCGACGACCAGAAAAAGCUAGAAAACGAGCACAACACAUGAAUAUAAAGAAGAUGAUAUAACAGCAAUAUUUGGUCCAUGCAAAUUUGAAUUUUUCAAUCAAAGGAGCACUACCUUGACCAAGUCUAUAGCCAUAAUUUUCUCCAUCAUACGCCACAAUAUUAAACUUAAAAUUAAUUUUUGCUUGUUCCUUUUUUGACCCUCUGAUUUUUGAUGGAGAGCUCAAGAGCAAGUUCCCAGGACAUAUUGGCUGUAAAGGCACCGAAGAAAUCUCCAUUACUACUGAGAACGACGGUGGUAAUAUUUGCAGUGUUUUGUGGAUUAUAUAUGUUCUCGAUUUGUAUUAAGCAAACUCGAUUUUCCACAGCAUCGAGAUUAUUAGACAUUCGAGUGAAUUAUGAUCAGCCUUGCAACACAUCUGUGUUACAAGAAAAGGAACUUCCUUAUUUGCAUUUGCCUAAGCCCAAAAGUUUUACAAGGAAGGAAUGUGCCUGCAAUCCUGUACGGUUCUUUGUUAUCUUAUCGAUGCAGAGAUCAGGGAGUGGAUGGUUCGAGACUCUGCUCAACAGUCACAUUAACAUAAGCUCCAAUGGAGAAAUCUUCGGUAACAAAGAUCGGAGGAGUAAUGCCUCUACAAUUGUACAGGUCUUGGAUCAAGUUUAUAAUCUGGACUGGUUGUCGAGUGCAUCGAAGAACGAAUGCUCUGCAGCAGUUGGCUUUAAAUGGAUGCUCAAUCAAGGGGCAAUAGCAAAUCAUAAAGAGGUUGUAGAGUACUUCAACAGAAGAGGUGUCUCUGCAAUAUUUCUAUUCAGGAGGAAUCUACUUCGGAGAAUGAUAUCAAUGGAUGCAAAUGCUUAUGACAAAAGUGUCAAAUUAUUAAACGGAACUCACAAGUCUCACGUACAUUCACCUAAAGAGGCUCAAAUACUAGCGCAAUAUAAGCCAAAACUCAACACAACAGACCUUGUUUCCAAUCUAAAGGAGGUACAAGGAACCGCUAGACGUGGUUUGGAAUUGUUCAAGAGUACGAGGCAUAUUGUUCUGUAUUAUGAAGACAUUGUCAGCAACCGCACUAAACUAGUAGAUGUUCUAGAGUUUCUAAAAGUACCAUACAGAGAGCUCACGAGCCGUCAGGUGAAGAUACAUAGUGGCCCUUUGUCUCAACACAUAUCAAACUGGGAGGAUGUGAAGAAAGCCCUCAAGGGGACAUCUUUUGAGAGCUAUCUCAAAGAAGACUAUAAGUAGUCUCAGCAUGUAAAUAGCCAUCUAGCUCAUAUCAUGAGACUUUGCUAUAAAGGAAAUCACUGAGGGAGUGAUACUGAGACAGAACAGUACAAGAAACGGAAGCUGGAUCAGCUGCAACACUGGACACUUCAGAAGCUUCAACCUUCUGAAUUUCCAUCGAAAUUCAGAUAAUUAGUUUUAUUUCUCUUGGCUAUUCAUGUACAGUUGAUCUCAUAAUUAUUCAAAAUGUAAGGCUAGGCCAAAGUAUGUGAGCAGCGAGAUUUGUAUAUUCAUCCCAUGAGUGAUGUCUUUCUUCCAAAAUUUUUGGAGUUCGCGAGUCAAAGCUUCUGAUUUACA